GGUUGGCAAGCGACAUCUCUGGGGUGUAACUGAGGCUGAUUUGAAACCAGAGGUAAACCGACAGUCACUGGCCCCACCAUGUCGCAAGUGAUGUCCAGCCCCCUGCUGGCAGGAGGCCAUGCAGUCAGCCUGACUCCCUGUGAAGAACCCAGGAGGGUCCUGCACCCAGCACCCAGCCCCAGCCUGCCACCCCAGUGUCCUUACUACACCACAGAAGGCUGGGGAGCCCAGGCCCUGAUGGCCCCUACACCCAACAAGGGGCCCCCCAGCAGGCUCCAGCAAGGCCCACAGACUGGGGCCAAAGCCAGCUGCCUCCUACAGUCCCCUGGUGAGCAGGCCUCAGGGACCCUGGAGGACCUUGACUCCUACAUUGACUUCUCACUGGAGAGCCUCAACCAGAUGAUUCUGGAACUGGACCCCACCUUCCAGCUGCUCCCCCCAGGAGCUGGUACGCCCUGGGCCGAACCCACCCAGAGCAUUACCACAAAGAAAAAGAAAGACGAGCCUGAAGCCUUGGAUAUAAAGUACAUCGAGGUGACCUCCACCAGAUCAAGGUGCCAUGAUGGCCCCCAGCGCUGCUCCAGCCCAUCUGUUACUCCACCCUUCAGCUCCCCGCGCAGUGGUGGUCUCCUCCUUUCCAGAGACAUCCCUCGAGAAACUCGAAGCAGCAGCGAGAGCCUCAUCUUCUCUGGGAGCCAGGGCAGGGGGCACCAGCGCCCCCCUCCCCACUGUGGGGCUCCCUCCUCUCAUUCCCCACCCUCUCCCAGCAUCUCCAUCCCCUGCAUGGGGAACAAGACGUCAGGCCCCCAUGGCUUGGGCUCCCCACUGGUGGCUUCUCCAGGCUUGGAGAAGGGGCUGGGGGGCCUGGCCCCACAGCGGGGCAGCAGGGUCUCUGUAUUGUCAGCCAGCCCAGCAUCCGACAUCAGCUAUGUGUUUGGAAGCAGCCAGUCCCUCCUCCACUCCAGCAUCUCCAGCCAUCAGUCAUCUUCUAGGUCCUUGGAAAGCCCAGCCAGCUCUUCCUCCAGUCUCCACAGCCUUGGCCAAGUGUCCCUGUGCACGAAAGCCAGUGACUUCCAGGUCCCCAGCAACCCCACUGCAAGCAUGGGCCAGCCCAGAGCAACCCACUCCCCACCACUGGCCAAGGAGCAUGCCAGCAGCUGCCCGCCCUCCAUCACCAACUCCAUGGUGGACAUACCCAUCGUGCUGAUCAACGGCUGCCCAGAACCAGGGUCUCCUCCAUCCCAGCCGACCCCAGGACACCAGGACUUUGUCCGACCUGGGGCCACUUCUUCUGGUCACUCCUGUCCGGCCACCAGGAGCCACAGCCAGACCCUGCCAGAUGCCCCUCUUACCACAUCCUCGGAGGGUCCCCCCAGGGACAUGCAGCCCACGAUGAAGUUUGUGAUGGACACAUCUAAAUACUGGUUUAAGCCAAGCAUCACCCGGGAACAAGCAAUCGAGCUGCUGAGGAAGGAGGAGCCAGGGGCUUUCGUCGUGAGGGACAGUUCUUCCUACCGAGGUUCCUUCGGCCUUGCCUUGAAGGUGCAUGAGGCUCCUGCACCUGCCCAGAACCGAUCAGGUGAGGACAACAGUGACCUCAUCCGCCACUUCCUCAUUGAGUCUUCUGCCAAAGGGGUGCAUCUCAAAGGAGCAGAUGAGGAGCCUUACUUUGGGAGCCUCUCUGCCUUUGUGUGCCAGCAUUCCAUCAUGGCCCUGGCCCUGCCCUGCAAACUCACCAUCCCGCAGAAAGAAUUGGGAGGUGGAGAAGCCUCAGACCCUGCUACAGGCAGCCGGGCCUCCUGCCUAAAGAAAUCCGCAGGCUGCCAUGCCCUGUACUUGACCUCCGUGAGUGUAGAGACCCUGAGCGGAGCCCUGGCCGUGCGGAAGGCCAUCUCAACCACCUUUGAGAGGGACGUCCUCCCCACACCCACCGUGGUCCACUUCAAAGUCACCGAGCAAGGCAUCACCCUGACAGAUGUCCAGAGGAAGGUGUUUUUCCGGCGCCAUUACCCCCUCACCACCAUCCGCUUCUGUGGCAUGGACCCCGAGCAACGGAAGUGGCAAAAAUAUUGCAAGCCCUCCUGGAUCUUUGGAUUUGUGGCCAAGAGCCAGACAGAGUCCCAGGAGAAUGUAUGCCACCUGUUCGCAGAGUAUGACACGGUCCAGUCGGCCUCCCAGGUCCUCAGCCUCGUGGGUACUCUGCUGCAGGACACAGAGAGGAUGUAGGGGGAGGGAGCUCCCUCUGCACCUUCCCAGACAUCCCAUCAUACACUGAUGAGCCAAUCUAUUGGACUGGAGGAGAGAGAUACCACACCUUGGUGAAACCCUUGAAACCCUGUGACCUUCAUCAGUGACCUUCAGCCAGACCCCACUGUGUCUCAGUUUCCUCAACCAAAUAAGGAGGCCAUAGACAGGACCAGCUGUUCUCAGACUUUGGUGGGCAUCUUAACAAGUUCCCUGUGAUCCUGAAGCACACCCACACCUGAGGACCACAUGGAAACAACCUCUGAGGACCCCGGACUCCAUCAACGUGGAUACUACCAACACAGCAGCUUGAGUUAGAGACGUGUGACCCUCUGUCGUGGCAAACAGCAGGUGCUGGGUCAGGACCCAUGCUCCCCUAGCUCAAGGCUGACCUGGGAAAGAUGGUCUGCAAGAAUUGACCAAAGGAGGAAUGGACUGACUCUAUUUCCCUCCAUAUCCGUUUCUUCCCCCCCCCCCA